AUGGUGAGAGGGAACCAGACCACUACAGUGACAGAGUUUCUCUUCUCUGGAUUCCCCCAGUUUGAAGAUGGCAGCCUCCUCUUCUUCUUCCCUCUGUUCAUAAUCUACAUAUUCAUUGUUAUUGGGAACCUCACUGUGUUUUUUGCAGUCAGGAUGGACAGCCGUCUCCACAAUCCCAUGUAUAACUUCAUCAGCAUUUUUUCAUUUCUGGAGAUCUGGUACACCACUGCCACCAUCCCCAAAAUGCUCUCUAACCUCGUCAGCAAGCAGAGGACCAUCUCCAUGAUCGGCUGCCUCUUGCAGAUGUACUUCUUCCAUUCCCUGGGGAAUUCGGAGGGGAUUUUGCUGACCACCAUGGCUAUCGACAGGUACGUUGCCAUCUGUAACCCUCUCCGCUACCCCACCAUCAUGACCCCCCGGCUCUGUGCUCAGCUCUCUGCAGGCUCCUGUGUCUUUGGCUUUCUUGUGUUACUUCCAGAGAUCGCAUGGAUUUCCACACUGCCCUUCUGUGGACCCAACCAAAUCCAUCAGAUAUUCUGUGACUUUGGACCUGUGCUGCACUUGGCCUGCACCGACACCUCUGUGAUUCUGAUUGAGGACGUGAUCCAUGCAGUGACCAUCAUCACCACCUUCUUAAUCAUUGCCCUAUCCUAUGUAAGAAUUGUCAUUGUAAUCCUGAGAAUUCCCUCUGCUGAGGGAAGGAGAAAGGCUUUUUCUACCUGUGCAGGUCAUCUCAUGGUCUUCCUCUUGUUCUUUGGUAGUGUGUGCCUCAUGUACUUGCGUUUCAACAUCACUUAUCCACCAGUUUUGGACACAGCCAUUGCACUGAUGUUCACUGUAUUUGCCCCCUUCUUCAAUCCCAUCAUUUAUAGUCUGAGAAACAAAGAUAUGAAGAAUGCAAUUAAAAAACUUUUAUGUCCCCAAAAAUCGUUGAACACAUCUGCAGGGUAA